ACCAUUAGAAUAGCGAUAAGGAGAGUGUAGGGUUUAAGCAUAGCCUAGCUUACAUCUAAUAUCGGCUUUGAAUUCAAUUUGUUUCUCCUAGACUGCGUUCAGUUUAACGUUAUCACCACCGGAGACUCUCUUGGCAGUAGGUGACGCUGUGACUUUAGUUAGCCAACAAUAUUGAUGCAGAGAGGAAGAAGAAGAAGCCGUCAUGGUUCUAUCGGAUAGCUUUUGAGCCGGCUAAUGUAAUUUGUUGUUAAAAUUGCAUCUCUUAGACUAACUACGACCCGUUGUAUGGGACCGAAUAAAAAUAAUCCUUCAAGCUAAGUAAUGUCACCCGCUUGACCUGCAGUGAAUCUGGCUUUGCUUUGUGCUUGUUGGUCAAGAUGAAUCGUGCAAAGGCAACAACUCUCAGGCGCCCCAGUGCUGCAAAACCAUCAGGUCACCCUCCACCAGGAGACUUCAUUGCUCUCGGUUCGAAAAACCAGAGUGGAGACCCUAAACCCCCCGCUGUCCUGCUGAAGCCAGCAUCCACAAGUUCAACUGCUGACCGUAAGAGAGAGACUUCCUCCGCUCUGCCGUCUGCAGGUCUAUCUGGACUCACCAAGCGACCCAAACUAUCCACCACCCCCCCAGUCAGUGCUCUCGGACGACUUGCUGAUGUUGCUGCUGUGGACAAGAGGGCGAUAUCACCCUCAAUAAAGGAGCCAUCAGUGGUGCCUAUUGAAGUGUCACCAUCUCUGCUUCUUGAUGAGAUUGAAGCUGCAGAGUCUGAGGGUAAUGAUGAUCACAUCGAGGGACUGCUGUGUGGAGCGGUCAAACAGCUCAAAUUGAACCGAGCAAAACCUGACAUAACGCUGUACCUCAGUCUCAUGUUCCUGGCCAAAAUCAAGCCCAACGUUUUUGCUACCGAAGGAAUUAUUGAGGCUUUGUGCAGCCUCCUGCGUCGAGAUGCUUCUAUCAACUUUAAAGCGAAGGGGAACAGUCUGGUGUCUGUUCUUGCUUCCAAUCUGCUGAUGGCAGCCUACGAGGAGGACGAGAACUGGCCAGAGAUCUUUGUAAAAGUGUACAUUGAGGACUCUCUGGGGGAAAGAAUCUGGGUUGACAGUUCUCACUGCAAGACUUUUGUUGACAACAUCCAGACUGCUUUUGGGACAAAGAUGCCUCCCAAGAGUAUGCUGCUGCAGGCUGACACAGGCCGCUCUGCUGGAGAUCUCAGUGCAGGUAGCAGCCCUCAUCCCUCAACCCCUGAUGAGGACGACUGCCAGACUGAACUGCUGAUAGCUGAGGAGAAACUCAGCCCUGAGGAUGAAGGGCUGAUCAUGCCGAGGUAUGAAGAACUGUCAGAGAGUGUGGAGGACUACGUGCUGGAGGUCCUUAAGGAUCAGCUGAACCGCAGGCAGCCGAUGGACAACGUGUCCCGGAACCUGCUGCGUCUGCUCACUGCCACCUGUGGCUACAAAGAGGCACGGCUCAUGGCUGUACAGAGACUGGAGAUGUGGCUGCAGAACCCAAAGCUGACUCGCCCUGCCCAGGACCUCCUCAUGUCUCUGUGCAUGAACAGCAUCACCCAGGGAGCAGAUGACAUGGAAGUGAUCUCUAACCUGAUCAAGAUCCGACUCAAACCCAAAGUCCUCCUCAACCACUACAUGCUGUGUGUCAGGGAGCUGCUUAAUGCUAACAGAGACAACCUGGCCACGAUGGUGAAGCUGGUGAUCUUCAACGAGCUGUCCAAUGCCAGGAACCCUAACAACAUGCAAGUCCUGCACACAGUGCUGCAGCACAGCCCCGAGCAGGCUCCAAAGUUCCUAGCGCUGGUGUUUCAGGACCUGCUCACCAAUAAGGAUGAUUACCUGCGUGCCUCCAGAGCCUUGCUGAGAGAGAUCAUCAAACAGACCAAGCAUGAGAUUAACUUCGGGGCCUUCUGCUUCGGAUUAAUGCAGGAGAGAAAGGAGACUAUCUAUUUGGAACUGGAAUUCAAAGAGCGUUUUGUUAUCCAGGUGACAGACUUACUGACUGUCUCCAUGAUGCUGGGCAUCACUGCUCAGGUCAAAGAAUCUGGCCUUGCAUGGGACAAAGGGGAGAAGAAGAAUCUGGAGAGCCUGAGGGCGUUUCAGAAUCAGAUCGCUUCCAUCCAGAGAGACGCUGUGUGGUGGCUUCACACCGUGGUUCCCUCCAUCAGCAAAACUGGCGCUAAAGACUACGUUCACUGCCUCCACAAAGUGCUGUUCACAGAGCAACCUGAGACAUACUACAAGUGGGACAACUGGCCUCCGGAGGGUGACAGAAAUUUCUUCCUGCGCCUCUGCUCUGAGGUGCCUCUGCUGGAGGACACACUGAUGCGCAUCCUGGUGAUCGGGCUGUCACGUGACUUGCCGCUGGGCCCAGCAGAUGCCAUGGAGCUGGCGGAUCACCUGGUUAAAAGGGCUGCUGGAAGUCAGUCUGAUGUAGAUUUGGAGGUCCUGAAGGUGGAAAGGAUCCAGCUCAUUGAUGCUGUGCUGAAUCUGUGUACAUACCACCAUCCGGAGAACAUCCAGCUGCCUGCAGGGUACCAAGCUCCCAAUUUGGCCAUAUCUGCGUUGUAUUGGAAGGCAUGGCUGCUAAUUCUCGUGGUGGCAGCUUUUAAUCCUCAGAAAAUAGGUCUGGCUUCCUGGGACGGCUACCCUACACUGAAAAUGCUCAUGGAGAUGGUUAUGACAAAUAACUAUACCUACCCUCCCUGUACCGUUGCGGACGAGGACACGAAGACGGAGAUGAUCAACAGGGAGCUGCAGAUCUCCCAGAGAGAGAAACAGGAGAUCCUGGCCUUUGAGAGCCACCUGGCAGCAGCCUCCACCAAACAGACCAUCACAGAGAGCAACAGCUUGCUCCUGUCUCAGCUUACCAGUCUGGAUCCACAGGGUCCUCCUCGUCGACCUCCUCCUCAGAUCCAGGAGCAGGUGAAAACCCUGAACCAGUCUCUGCGUCUCGGACAUCUCCUCUGCCGCAGCCGCAACCCUGACUUCCUCCUCAACAUCAUCCAGAGACAGGCCUCCUCUCAGUCCAUGCCGUGGCUGGCUGAUCUGGUCCAGUCCAGUGAGGGCUCUCUGGACGUGCUUCCAGUGCAGUGCCUGUGUGAAUUCCUUCUGCAUGACGCAGCGGAUGACAGUCUGCCAAUAGAGGAUGAUGAAGAGGGAGAGAGCAAAGAGCAGAAAGCCAAGAAGAGACAAAGACAGCAAAAGCAAAGGCAGCUGCUUGGACGGCUCCAGGAUCUUUUGUUGGGUCCUAAGGCCGACGAACAGACAACAUGCGAAGUGCUGGACUACUUUCUGCGCCGCCUCAGCUCUUCUCAGGUGGCAUCCAGAGUCCUAGCCAUGAAGGGUUUGUCGUUGGUGCUGAGUGAAGGAGGCUUGAAAGAUGGAGAUGAGCGGGAUCAGCCCAUGGAAGAAGAUUCUGCUGAUGCUGAGCUGUUGCCGGGAUACCAGUGGCUGCUACAGGACCUCCCAAAGCUCCCCUUGUUUGACAGCGUCAGAGGCAUGACGUCCACCGCCCUGCAGCAGGCUAUUCACAUGGAGACUGAUCCACAGACCAUCAGUGCCUAUCUCAUAUACCUAUCCCAGCAUGCACCAGUGGAGGAGCAGGCUUCUCAUAACGAUCUGGCUCUGGACGUCGCCCGGCUUAUCGUGGAGCGUUCCACCAUCAUGAACAGCCUGUUCUCCAAGCAUUCCUGCAGACCUGAGUCUAAUGCUGUGCUCAGUGCCUUCCUCACCAUCUUCUCCACAUACAUCAGGAGGAUGAGGAAGACCAAAGAGGGCGAGGAUCUCUACAGCUGGUCAGAGUCUCAGGACCAGGUGUUUCUGCGUUGGACUACAGGAGAGACCGCUACCAUGCACAUACUUGUAGUCCAUGCCAUGGUCAUCCUGCUGACUCUGGGGCCCCCUAAAGGAGAGAGUGAUUUCUACGCUCUUUUGGACAUUUGGUUUCCCGACAAGAAACCCCUUCCCACUGCCUUCCUGGUUGAUACCUCAGAGGAAGCCCUUCUGCUGCCUGAUUGGUUAAAACUGAGGAUGAUCCGAUCAGAAGUCUCUCGAUUGGUCGAUGCAGCUCUACAUGACCUGGAGCCUCAGCAGCUGCUGCUGUUUGUUCAGUCCUUUGGCAUCCCUGUGUCCAGCAUGAGCAAACUGCUGCAGUACUUGGAUCAGGCUGUCUCUCAUGACACUCCCACGCUGGAGGAGAACAUCAUGGACAAGCACUACAUGGCCCACCUGGUUGAAGUGCAGCAUGAGCGAGGGGCCACUGGGGGGCACACGUUCCAUUCCUUACUGAGCUCCUCUCUUCCACCAGACAGAGAUGCUGCCGAAACAAGUAAGGCCAAAGUUACCGUGGAAACGCCGCACAGCUCUGUGAAGAUGAGAGCAGCCAGUCAGCUUCCUGCAGUCGGGCCUGAUGACGAUCUCACUGGCAUGAUGCUUCAGAUAUUCCCUAUGAAAGUGGACCCUCGCUGGCACGGCCCCCCUCCCAGCCAGCUCUCCCUGGCCUUGCAGCAGGCCCUUGCUAAAGAGCUGAUGCGGGCCAAGCAGGGCCAGAUCCAGCAGGGAGGGCUGGCUUUCCGGCUCCUACAAGCCAUUGCAGCCCUGCUCACCUCUGCUCAUGCAGGGCCCAUUGUCCUGUCAAUGCACCACAGCCAUGCCCUCUCCUGCCCUCUCAUGCGCCAACUGCACCUCUACCAGCGACUCGUGUCCCAGGACGUGGCUUUCUCCUCAUUAUUCCUCAAGGUCAUUCUAGAGAUGUUGAUCUGGUUGGACAACCCAACUGUGGAGGCGGGGCCGCUGAAGACUCUGCUCAAAUCCUUCGCUGGUCAGAACUCAAGCAAACAGAGGCACAAUGAUGUGCGUACAGGUUUCCUCCAACUAUCUGAGGCUUUGGCAUAUCGCAGAGACAUUGAAGGGCCACUGAGAGCCGUCAUUGCAAUGCUGAAAGCUGGAGACCGAUGUAAUGCAGAAGCUGAGCUCAUUGGGAAAGUGUUACAAGGUCUGAUGGAGGUGAGGUCGCCGUUUUUGGAGGAGCUGCUGUCUCUGUUGAUGACUGUUGGUACACAGAACGGGACGGCCGGCCCUGUUGCCAUGGUGAUCUCCUUGCUGCUUCAGGAGAGUGAGGAGCAAGCAGUGAAAAUGGAAGUGGAUUCUAACAACAGCUCCGAAGUGACAAAGUCUGGACUGAGCUCUGGGCUGUUGGUUGAUUGGCUGGAGCAUCUCGACCCUGAGGUCACCUCCGUGUGCCCGGACCUUCAACAGAAGCUGCUGUUUGCCCUCAACAGGGCAAGAGGAACCCCUGCCUACAGACCUUAUCUCCUGGCUUUGCUUACACAUCAGUCAAACUGGUCCACCCUCCUUCAGUGUAUCGGCGCUCUUCUCAGCAAACGCAGGGACUACAAGCUUGACCCAUCAUCCGCCCUGGAUUUCCUGUGGGCAUGCAGCCACAUCCCGCGUAUCUGGCAAGGACGUGACCAGAAGAUCCCUCAAAAGAAAACAGAGAAGUUUGUGCUGCGCCUCAGUUCUGAGGAGCUCAUCAGCCUGGUGGACCUGAUCCUGGCCGAGUCGGAGCUGAACACUCGCGACUCACCUCAAGAUGACAAAAGCAGCUUGAACCAAGCCUCCUGCUCCCUCAUCCAAUCCAGGCUGCCCCUCCUACACUCCUACUGCAGCGGAGAGCUAGAAAACAUCAAGAAGGUCUCAGAGUACCUCAUUAACUGCACCAAGAAAUAUGAGGACAGUGCGAUGAAUAAGCGGUGUCAGAACUUGCUGCUGCAGAUUUAUCUGCACUUCCCCGAGGUCAUCCAGCACGUCACUCUGCCAGAAGGCACCUUCAGCAGUGGGGGGGCUGCGGACGGCAGCAGCUGCAAACUUGAUGUCCUGGUGCACCGCCUGGUGAUACUGCUGGCUGAUAUCGGAGACUCAAAGUCUGUUGAGGGCCGCGUGUCAGACGCCAACCUCGCCUGCAGGAAGCUGGCUGUGUCUCACCCCGUCCUUCUGCUCAGGCACCUGCCUAUGAUUGCAAGCCUCUUACACGGUCGUAUUCACCUGAACUUCCAAGAGUUUAGGCAGCAAAACCACAUGACGUUCUUUAGCAAUGUGCUGGCCAUCCUGGAGCUGCUGCAGCCGCUUGUGUUCCACAGCGAGCACCAGAGGGCGCUUCAGGACUGCCUUCUGUCCUUCAUGAAGGUUCUUCGGAACUUCCAGAGGACUCGUUCCCCGUUUGUCUUCAUCACCAAGUUCUUGCAGUUCACACAGAAAUACAUCACCCGCGAUGCAUCAUCCGCCAUUCCCUACUUACAGAAGCACUCUGACAUCUUGCAGGUUCUGUGUGCAGAAAACCCAGACCUGGUUCAGCUGAAGUCUCUGCUGGCUGGACUCACUCUGCCGGUGAGGAGGUCUUCAUCAGAGGUCGACCCAGAGGAGGGAGAGGACGACGUGUCCACUGGUUCCCUGCCCCUGGUCAACAUCUCUGCCUCUGUGUCUCUGAGUGCGGCUGACAUGACGAUGUACUUGAAGAAGAUGUCGAGAGGAGGGGCAGUGGAGGAUGUGCUGGAAGUGUUGACAGAGGUGGAUGAGAAGUCGAGGAGGAGCCCAGAGAUCAUCCAGUACUUCAUCAACGAUCUGCAGAGGCUCAUGACGUCCUCGGAGGAUUUGUGUCGGAACCUGGCCUUCAGUCUGGCCCUGCGCUGCAUCCAGAACAAUCCCUGCCUGGCAACAGACUUCCUGCCAACCUUCAUGUACUGUAUGGGCAGCGGUAAAUUCGACGUGGUGCAGACGGCCCUCAGGAAUCUUCCAGAAUAUGUCCUCCUCUGUCAGGAACACGCAGACAUUUUGCUCCACAAGGCAUUUUUAGUGGGGAUCUACGGGCAGAUCGACACCAGUUCCAUGAUCGCAGAGUCAAUGAAGGUCCUUCACAUGGAAUCAACAACCUAACAACCAAAAGCACACAACUACAACACACCAUGUUCAAAUUUCUACAUUCCAGAGCUGGAUUUAUUUGAAUGUCUUUAGUUCAAACAUUGGUCAAAUUAGGUCAUGGCAGAUGUAUAAAGUCUGUGGCUCUUCAUUGGUACAGAUUCAAGGACCAAUCAGUGAUCUGGUAGCUAACAGUUAUCAUAAUAACUUCUAAUAAUCUAAAUUAGAAGUAAUUCAUUUCAUGACUUGAAUGUAGUGACUUCAAAGAAUGCAUUAAAACUCCCUCUAAAGCUGAAAAUGUAAUAAUUCAAACAUCUUGUAAAAUGCAACUUAUUUUUAACUAAUGAUAUAUUUACCAAUUAAUAUAAAAGAUAACUAGGAUUGGAAUAUUACAAGGUGAUCUUAUUCUACAAUCAGUUAAAGAAAACAUAGUAUCUCCUAAAUAAUUAAAUUAAUCUUGCAGUAAAAUAAUACAUAUUAUUUUAAAAACAUCACUUUUUAUUGCAUUUUCAUACAUUCUGUGGGAGUCGUUGCAGUUAAUACAUAACAGCCAUAAAUGAUUACCAGAUGCAGAGCUUGAUGUUUAUUUGGAAAAUGGCACACUAUAUUCGGCUUGAUAUUUGUAAUAGUUUGAAUAUGAAAUGUCAACAUUGUUGUAUGAUCAAAUAACUACAUGCUUCAUAUGUCGUUCUUUUUCAUUAACAAUACAUAUUUCAAUAUUUCAUGGUCCCCCAUCCAGUGUUGUAGCGUUACAGUAGCAACUUUGCAUAACUGAACGCGUUUUUUUCAUGUAACUUUUCUUACUAUUAAGAAUACGCAGCCAAAAUGCCAAUGCCUGAAUACAAUGUCCAUGUUCAUUAUUUCUGUUACCUGAACAUCAUCUGUGAGCCACCAUGAUUUCAACUGAAAUAAAAAUACCUUUCUGAGUAA